AUGGAGUGGCCACACGAUGACGCCUCCCAGAGCGCGGAAAACCGUGCUGGUUCCCAGAAUGCCUUGUCUUCAGAUGAGCAGGCUUCUCCCAUCUAUCCCUCACUUUUGAUAAAAUCCCUGCGGGCCAAGAGACCUCAUAAGAAAUCUCGACGUGGCUGUCUCAACUGCAAAGCUCGCAGAGUCAAGUGUCAAGAGACCAAACCCGCUUGUGCAAACUGUAGCACCAGAGACCUGGAGUGCAUAUAUGUAGAAAGACUAGAAUCACGACAGAGGAAGGGUCAAAAUGAUCCUCAAGAGGAUCUGAUAUCCCCAGCCCUAUCUUCCAGACACCUGUCGGUGAAUCGGUUCUCAGGAAAUGACCUCCGAUUCUUCCAUCACUACUUACUUAUCGCGCAUCCGCAUCUCCCAUUUGGGAGUGAAGGGACCUGGAUGACGCAGGUUCCUACGUAUGCUCACGAGUAUCCCCAUCUCAUGCACGCCAUCCUCUCCCUCGGCGCAACUCAUUACGCACUAAUCAGUCCCAACGGAGCCCAGUAUACGCCCAUGGCCGUCACACAUCGCGGAAAAGCUCUCCAAUUGCUCAACACAGCGAUGUCAAGAGGCGACGACUGCUCUAAAGCCGACUUAGACAGCAUCCUGGCCACCUGCUACGCCCUUGUUUUCCAGGCCUUCUACAUGAGCGAUGGUCUUGUCGAUUUCACCGUCAUGGUCCGCGGAUGCGCCAUGGUCACGGACCGAAUUCGUGAACGAUUCCAGCGAAGUGGUAUAUUCGCUCUCCGGUCGCAAGAAGAGGUCACUGCCAUGGUUGGAAAUUGGCUGCCCACCGAGCUAUCUCUUAACCAGGAGAAUCUCGUAGCUUCGAUCCAGGCACUAGACGAGCUCGUACCUUUCCUUCAGUGCAAUAUGCAUUAUAAAUUCUACCACGCUAUCCGGGGUGCUUAUGCUGCUCUGCAGAUAUCCCCGCAGCAUGCGUUCGCUGCGUUGACGGAAGUCUACGCUGUCUGGUAUACCAUGGGAAAUCACGAUUUUAUGACGUUUAUUGCCCAGGGGAAUCAUGUCACCUGGGGGUUGUUUCUGCAUUAUAUCACCGUAGAGGUUCUCAUGCACCCGUUUCUGAAGAAGGCGUGUGGUCCGCGAGAUUGCGUUAUCUCGUUUGAUGUCGUGCGAUUACACCAGUGGGCGGAUACUCUGUAUCGUAACUUGCCCACCCCAAUACGACGGUUGGUGAAGAGACAGGCGGAAUUCAUUGCACUGGAUCGGGAUGCAAUGCGUCGGGAGAUGGAUGUGUCUGAUUUAGUAUAA